GGAAAAUAAACGAACAAAAUAAACAGGUGAUUACCAUAAACAAAAAAUCGGUGGAGGUGGAUAUGGUAAAAGACUAGUAGUUUCAGAAGCAGUUAUUAGGGGGAUGUUAUUAGCUAUUAAAGUUUUAUACCAUGGAUAUUGAAGCUGAAAAAUCUAGUCUUUAUGAAAACCACUCCUCUUCCUCAAGCUCAAAAAGCAAAGGAUGCGGUAUAUUUACCAUUCGUCGACUAAAAAGAAUUUUAAAAAUUAUAUUUUCAGCUCACCUCAAUAUAUGGUUGUUAGUAUUAAUUUGCUUGUUUGCUUUAUUAGAACAAUAUCUUGUUUACAAUGUUGGCAUCAUUCCUAGCGGCUUUUAUAAAGUUCUGGGUGAAAAGGAUUUGAACGGAUUUUGGUUACAAGUUUUGAAAGCCUCUCUUAUAAUAAUUGCCAUCUGUUUUGUGAUAAGUUGCAAAAAAUACAUAAUAAACGUGUUUUAUGUUUCUUCCAGAGAAGUACUCACUGACAAACUCCAUUCUAUGUAUUUCAACAAGAAUAUAUUUUAUAUUAUGAAUACUUUUAAGUAUGAUUUUACUGACAAUCCUGAUCAACGAAUUACACAAGAUAUUGAUAAAUUUUGUAAACAGUUUAGUUCUGUCAUAAAUCCCUUUGUUAUAUUCCCCUUUACUACAGCUUACUAUUCAUACAACUGUUAUCAAUCUACUGGCUGGAUCGGCCCAGUGGGGAUUUUUUUAGUUUUUUUAAUUUCUGCUGUUGCCAAUAGAUUGUUAAUGAAGCCUAUAAUGAAUCUUAUUAUAAAACAAGAAAAAUGUGAAGGGAACUUUAGAUUCAAGCACAUGCACGUCCGUACGAAUGCAGAGUCAAUCGCAUUUCAGGAUGCCAAUUUUUCAGAAUUUUCUCGAUCAGAAAAGAAACUGUUGCAGUUGAUUGGCACACAGCAGUCUCUUUAUUUAAGAGAAUUUCCAUUAGAUAUUUCAGUUAAUAUAUUUAGUUACAUCGGAAGUGUUAUAAGCUAUUUAAUACUUGCUUUACCUAUUUUCACUGGGAAAUAUGAUAAUUUAACUCCUCCAGAACUUAGUGCCCUAAUUAGUGUAAAUGCUUUUGUAUCAAUUUAUUUGAUAUCUUGUUUUUCAAGCAUUAUAAACAUAUCAACAACUAUAGGUGAGUUAGGAGGGUUGAUUCAUCGAGUUUGUGAAAUAUUAGAUGCUAUGGUUCCAAAAGAUAAAAAAGAAACUUCUGAUAAAGAAUUUGAAGGAGGUUGCAUUUUGAAGCCAAAAGCAUUAGAAUCUUUUGAAAUGGAAAAAGAACCAGCAAUUCAGUUGAGCAAUGUUACGUUCUGUGCACCAAGAGAUUCAAAAACAUUGCUUUAUGACCUUUCAUUGGAGAUAAAAAUUGGAACCAACAUGCUAAUUACAGGAAAUAGUGGCAGUGGCAAAACUUCUUUAUUUAGAGUUAUUAAAGGCUUGUGGCCAAUUCUUGAGGGCCACAUCAUAAGGAAACUCCCUUUCCACCCGUCCACUAUUUUUUUCCUACCACAACAUCCGCUAUUAUCUGAUGGUAGUUUGAUUGAACAACUUGUUUAUCCUUUGGGAAUUACUGGAGGAUCACAAUUCCAGAAAAAUGAAGAAUUUAUAAAUCGUGUGAUUAGCUAUUUAAGAUUUGUUGACCUUGAACAUCUACUUGAGAAAGUUGGUUUGUUUGAUGAAGUCGAGUGGAACUGGUAUGAUGUACUAUCUCCCGGUGAAAUGCAGCGCCUCAGUUUUGUUCGCCUUUUCUGCCACCGUCCCAAACUAGCAUUUUUAGAUGAGGCAACAAGUUCCAUUGGAUUGCAGCUUGAGGAAAAACUCUACCGAAAAUGUAUGGAACUUGGCAUUACUCUUAUAAGUAUUGGACAUAGGUCAAGUCUUGCUCAGUUCCAUAAUUCUUUCCUACACUUGGAUGGGGAGGGAGGAUGGACUUUUAAUUUAACUCCUGUUACGGAACUUUAGCAAAUGUUUCUGAUAAAAAGUAUUAUUUGAUUCAGCAUCUCAAUUGGAUACAUUUGUGUCUUAAUUUAUUUGCGUCGUCAAAUUACUUUUUGAUUUUUUUUUUUUUACUGUAAUUGUUCCUAAAUGUUUACUAUGUUAAGAUUAUUUUAUGCCAAAUCACAGGAAAUUUGUAUGUUUCAAAACAUUUUUUGAAGUUUAUUGAUAAAUUCAUGUUUUAUACAGUUAAUUGAUAAAAUGGCUUUUUUUUUAAAUCUUUUAAUUUUGUUAUGACCAUGUUUUUAUUGGGUUGAUUUUAUUCAUAUUAUCAUUUUGUUUGAUGACCUCUAAAAAAAGAAUGUAUGAUAAUUAUACUAAAUCAUUCACUACUUUCCGACUUUGAUAAUUUAACCAUGUAUUUAGGAUCUGAUCUAGAAUUGUGGGGGCCCUAGGCAUAAAACUGUCAGGGACCCCUUGGUCGUUGCUUUGAACUGAAUUUACAUGUUGUUUGAUUGAAGUGUUUUUAAAUUAUUUAUAAAUUACAAUAUAUCUGUAAAUUUCAGCUUAUAAAUAUUUAAAUUUUUGUCAUCUCAUAGCUCUGUAGACAAUUCUUAUGGAAAAACACAAAAAGGAAUAAUUGUAACACUUAGGGGACCCCAAAAAAUGUGGGGACCCUAUUCCUGGGCCUCUCAGGCCUUGUGAUAAAUCAGGCACUGCCAUGUAAUGUAUACCAACCCUUUACUAUAUACAUCAAACAUUUUUAUAGUUUUAUCGUAGCAAAUUAAACUUUUAAAUUUUCUUACUUUUCUAAAUAAAAGUUAUAACAAGAAAAACGGAUUUGUUCCUACCAGAAAUAAGCAUAUGUAAUAUUUUUCUACAAUAAAUUUUCUAAUACAAACUUUCUAAUAAAAAUAAUUUUAAAAAAAACUUAAAUAAGAAAAUAUUAAAAUUUUGUCUAAAUGUACAGUGAUCUUUAAACAACUUUUGAGGAUAAUGUAGGUUUUUAUUUUUUUAAAUUUUAAUUAAAAGUGAUUAUUUAGUUCAUAUUUAAUUUAUGGUUAAGGUAAGGUCAUAAUCUAGGGUAACAUUCUGAAUACAUUUAAAAAGAUCUUUUAAAAUUAGUUUUAUUUUUUUUACUUAAAAUUAUUUAGAUUAUGUAAAAAGAUAUCAGCAGUUUUUAUAGGAUAGAAAUUUUUGAAUAUGUAAAAUAUUUGAGUCUGUAAUUUUCCAAUAAUUAUGUCAAAAGAAACCACUUAUUUUCAGGGAUAAUUUUCUUUGCCAUAUGUAUGGGACACAAGUGCCAAAUGUAUGACUAGCAUACCAAGAGUAGAAUGAUUUAAAAUAAUCUGUCUACCAGACAGUAAAAAUUUGACUAAAAAUUUUUUUUUUAAUUUUUAUAAACCACAGUGUUUCUGAGAACAUGCAUAAUUGGGAAUAUUGAGUGUUAUUUUUUUUUUAUCCCAGUGGUAUAGCCAUUAGGGAGGAGGGUCAUAACUAACUCCCUGUAGAGUUGAAAAAUCUCAGAAAUUUUAGCAAUUAAUUUUCAAUAAAAUAAAAUUCUAUGUUUUAUUUUUAAUAUAAAUACUUCCUUAAGCUGUGAUGAGAUUGUAAUAAAAUUGUCUCCUAAGCUUAAGAACCAUUUCAAAUGAAAGAAAAUUUUUUAAUCUUUUAUCAUGAAUUAGAAAAAUUCUUACUGUAAUUCUUACGCUUUAUCUUAUUACAAUUUAUACUCUUUAUUCUUACUAUAAUUUUUGAAACAGAUUCGAACUCACUUAUAAUUUGUCCUGAUUUAUUAGACCCUGGAUUUAGCAAAGAAAUCUAAAUACUUGGUUGGUACAAUGUUAAGUCUUUUGGAGAAUAGCUUGUCAUUUAAGAGUAUAUCUUCUAUUAGCGGGCAAUGUUUUUGAGAUUUGUAAAAUUUCUACUUCAUUUCACUUCAUAAUAAAUAAAUGUAUUAAGUAUAUUUUUAAUUAUGAAAUUUAAUGAUUUUUUUCUGGAACUUAGUUUCUACAAGUACUUAGUUGUAACGGGCAAAUAUUGUGAUCUUUUCAUGCUUAUUUUAAGGGAUUUCAACUGUAAUGAAGCAUUUAUCACAACUAUUGACUAAUGAAAAAUUUUUUGUUACAUGUGCAAUGUUUAUUGCUGGGACCAACAGUUUUUCAAAAUGGCUGACCACUCAAAAAUCAAAGAAUAUUUUUAAAAAAUUGGCCAUUUAAUAAAAAUAAAGGUCAGAAAAGUAGGUUUUUUACUACAAUAUAUCAUCAAAGUGAUCUAUUAGCAAAAUAAUCAUGUUAAUAAAGUCAUGUCAAUAAAUGUUACACCAUUACGAUAUUUUAUUUAUCUCUAUGUAUACACAUGGUGCGUAGCAUUUUAAAAAAGUGCUUAGUCUCGUUUUUUGAAAGCCCUUAACGGUGCUUUUCUCAUAUGUUUUUUUUGGAAAGUGCUUAAUAUUUCCUUUUUGAAAAUGAGAUUUUUUUCUUUUGUUGAUUUUCGCCAUACAUUAUGCAAAAGCAUGGUUUUCACAUUGUUCUAUUCAUUGUUUUUACAUUUCAUUCAAGCACAAUCGAUUUCGUCGUACCGCUGGUCCGUAGCGAAUGAAAGCGCCAAUAAUUUUACAUCAUGAAAUUCUUACGAGUCCGCAAGUACUUCUUCUGAGCUGUGUUUAGUGAGAUUCUAGCACUCUCAUGUGCAACUUUGCUGCAUUUUGCUAGAUAUUCUCAAUUUCAGGCUUCAUUUCAGGCUACCACUCACAUGCUCAUGAAUUGCAAACAUGUUGUGCCAAAUUAAUGAUUACAUUUAAACAACAUAACAGUUAAAGUGCCUAAUGUGAAUAAGGUUAUCAUUUGCAUAUUUGAUUCCUGACAGUUUAAGGAAUAUUACCUCUUAAAUAUCGUUUGUUAUGCUAAACCAUAAGAAAAAAAAAGAAUUCAUUAAAAUAAUUAGGUUUUCUUUAUUUUGAAUAGUGUCAAAAAUGUAAUAUUAGUAAAGUGUUAUUUUUUAAUCUAUGUGCAAUAAAAAGCAAGACGUUGUAUACAAUCACAUAUUUUUGUUAAAAUAUUAUUUUCCUGAUUGAAUGAAGCAAUUGUUUUUAUAAAGUUUUCUGUAGAUUAUAAGAAAGAUGUUACUAUUUUUGUAUACAUUUGUAUUCAAAUAUAUAUUUAUUUUCUACUAUUAAAUAUUUAUACUUUUUCUAUACAAUCAUGUUUUUUUUAUUGAAAUAACUUUAUGUUUUUGUCUUUGAUUGUCAAUAUUAUCCGAUGGCUCAAUAUGUCUUUUUUAUUGUAUGUAUAAUUCAUCAAUAAAGAUAUUUUAUAUCUUUA